AUGAAGUUGGAGUUGGUGGUUGUGGAAGUGGUAGUGGUGGUGGUGGGGAUGGUGGUUGUGGAGGUGGUGGUGGAGGUGGAGGUGGUGGAGGAUAAGGAGGAUGAGGAUGUGGUGAUGGUGGUGGUGGCAGUGGCGGUGGUUGUGGAGGUACCAAAUGUGAUAGUGCAAGUGGUGGAGUUGGAUGUGGAAGUGGAGUCACAGUUGACACAAGAAUACGUAGAACAAGUGCCUAAUAUAGGAACUAUAGAGGUUCCUGUAGAGCCGGGUGGGAAUGUCAUCAAUGAAGCGGGUAAUGAAGAAGAAGAGAGUGCUGAAGAAGACACUAAUUUUGAUGGUAGGAGAAGAAGAUUAGAAUUUGAUAAUAGUGCUGAUGAAUCAAACAAUGAGAUUUAUGAGAGUGACAAUGAUGCUGCCCUAUAUGACAACAAUGAAUUUGAUGUAGCUCUUCAGUCCAACUUUAGGAGAGGACUGAACAUAGCAUUUGACUUUGUGGUGCCUCAAGCUCAACAUAGAUGGUGUGUUAGGCACAUGUAUGAGAACUUCAAAGACAAGUUCAAGAGGAAGAGCCUAAAGGAUCUGUUAUGA